GGAAGAAGAGGAAGAGGAGGAGGAGGAGGAGGAAGAAGAGGAGAGCAGCAGUGAGGAUGAUGAAAGUGAUGAGGCGCCACCCACGCCCAGGGCCUACGCGCAGGCAUUCGCCGUCGACACGACCCCCAAACGGCAGCAGCCGCAGAUACAGCAGCCUCCGAGGCAGCAGCCGGUCCGCCAGCAGCCGGUCCGCCAGCAGCCGGUCCGCCAGCAGCCGGUCCGCCAGCAGCCGGUUCGCCAGCAGCCGCUGCGCCAGCAGCCGCUGCGGAAACAGCGGCAACAACAACAACAGCAGCAGCAGCAACAGCAGCAGCAGCAACAGCAGCAGCAGCAGCAGCAACAGCAGCAGCAGCAACAGCAGCAACAGCAGCAACAGCAGCAGCAGGGGGGGGGCGCCCACUCGCGAGAAGCCGCACAUGUGCGGCGACUGCGGCAAGGGCUUCGCUCACGUGUCCAGCCUCAAGAUCCACCGGCGCACGCACACGGGGGAGCGCCCCUACGGCUGCAAGGAGUGCACCAAGGCCUUCUCCACCGUGUCGAGCCUCAAGAUCCACUUCCGCACGCACACGGGCGAGCGUCCGUACGUGUGCGACGAGUGCGGCAAGGCCUUCUCGCAGGCGAACACGCUGAAGAACCACAAGCGCACGCACACGGGCGAGAAGCCGUUCGUCUGCACCGACUGCAGCAAGUGCUUCACCAACAUGUCGGGCCUGAAGACCCACCGGCGCACGCACACGGGCGAGAAGCCCUUCGCCUGCGUCGACUGCGGCAAGUGCUUCUCGCAGGCCAACGGCCUCAAGGACCACCGGCGCACGCACACGGGCGAGCGGCCCUUCGCGUGCCUCGAGUGCGGCAAGGCCUUCUCCAACGUGUCGGCGCAGAAGAUGCACAUGCGCACGCACACGGGCGAGCGCCCGUAUGCGUGCGAGGAGUGCGGCAAGCGCUUCACGCAGCUCUCCAGCCUCAAGGUGCACCUGAACCUGCACGGGGGCGAGCGGCCGCUCGCCUGCGAGGAGUGCGAGCGCGGCCCCCUGCGGCACGUGUGCGAGCAGUGCGGCUGCGCGUUUGCGCGCGCCCACGACCUGCGCGGGCACAAGAAGACGCACACGGGCGAGAGGCCGCACGCGUGCGGGCAGUGCGGCCGCGGCUUCUCGCGCCUCUCCAGCUACGAGAAGCACCUGAGCGCGCACGCCACCGAGAAGCCGCACGCGUGCGGCGUCUGCGGCCGCGCCUUCGCCCGCAAGAUGAACCUCAAGGCCCACCAGCAGCUGCACACGGGCGAGCGGCCGCACCCGUGCAACGAGUGCGGCAAGCCGUUCGCGGCACGCCUGCGGCGCCAAGCGGCGCCAGGCGGCGGGCCGCGGAGGCGACGAGAGGCCGUUCGCGUGCGGGGCGUGCGGCAAGAGCUUCUCGACGCCGCUCUACCUGAAGCUGCACGAGCGCACGCACGCCGGCGGCGGCGCCGGCGAUCGGCCGCACCGCUGCGAGGAGUGCGGCAAGGGCUUCGCGUGCCUCUCCAACCUGGAGAAGCACGCGUACGCGCACGCCGGCGAGCGCCACCCGCACGCCUGCGGCGACUGCGGCCGCGGCUUCGCGUGCCUCUCGGAGCUGCGCAAGCACACGGCGGCGCACGCCGACGGCGGCUGGCCGCACGCGUGCAACGCCUGCGGCGAGGGCUUCUCCUGCCUCUCGAACCUCAAGAAGCACCGGCUGGCGCGCUUGUGCGGCGUCGGCGAUCGCCAGACGGCGCCGCCGCCGCCGCCGCCGCCGGCGGUGGCGCCGGCGGCGCCGCCGCCGCACGCAUGCGAGGAGUGCGGGGAGACGUUCUCGCACCUGUCGCACCUCAAAAAGCACGCGGGGAUGCACGGCGGCGCCGAGAAGCCGCACGCCUGCGGCAGCUGCGGCAAGAGGUUCUCGCAGAUCUACCACCUCAAGAGGCACCAGAUGAAGCACUGGAGGGAGGCCGGCUACGUGGGCGGCCCGUGAGGCGCCGCGGCGGCCGUCCGCCACCGCCCCCCCCCCCCCCCGCCCCUCUCUCUCGGUUCGCUUUGGGCGGCCGCUCCUUGGAGGAGUUUGCGACGGACGGUGGGGAGGAGCGGCGAAGCGAUUCGAGGAAAACUCGCGCCGGUGGGGGUGGGGGGGGGGUGGGAAUGGAGAGAGCCGGCGACCGCGUCCCCGGGAUCUUGCGGUUCGAAUCUCGGACUUCCUCGUAAACCCCAGGCGGAAGCGCGAUUUUGAGCGCACGUGCGGGGGUCAACGGCUCGCGGUUUGUCAAGAGCGUCCGAGUGCGACUUCGCCUGAAGACGGUUGUACAAAGUAAGGGAAUGGGGGGGGGGGGUGGGGGGGAGAGGGGGUGGGAUUACGCUCUUCAAGGGCGCCAGCGGCAGGGAACAUUUCGGGAGAAAAACGACGUUAGAGUAAGGGGGGGGGCGUGCGAUUGAGGACAUGUCAUGCAGAAGAUCCGGUCAAGCCCUGGGUGGGUGACGAAUUGGCUAAGUGGGUCGGUGCCAGCAGCUUGGUACGUGCGGCGAGUUUCUUGUCCCGAUCGAUGCAACGACGACGACGACGACAACAACACCCGCCCAGAGCAAAAUUGUUAAUUCUCCACUUAACUCGGCCACGGCCAGCUUGCGCUGAGGGGCUUUGUUGGCAGAAAUUGGCAGGGUGAGCCGCUCGCUCGACCGUGCGCCGGGACCCUUCCGAGGCACGUUAGCCCGGGGGCCCCGUGGCUUUCAAGUCGCCGAGGGUCAAUUCCAAGACGAUGUUUCUACCGGUAUCGCCGUAGUUCGAUUUUCCGUCGGCGAAUCAUCACGGAAAAAUGGGGGCCCCCUCAAUUUGGUGAAGGCCGAGCCAGUGGCCGAAUUUCAGUUCGCCCGACAUCGGUUCGAAGGCGAUGCGACUAAAUCUAUUGCGGGGGUGAAAAACCAGCUUCAGGGUGUCCGGAAGAUGGGAUCAACGCAAAAAGCGAGUUCACGAACCCCACCCUUGUGGACCAUUUGAGUGUUAUCUCCGUGUGUAUCGCAGUGUUUCCGUGGCAACAACUCUCAACUAAAUACAAAAAUAAUAAUGGACUGGCGAAAAAAUUCAAGCGCAGGAUCCCACCCCCAUCCAUCCCGUUGGAGUCUUUAGACAUAGUUAUUAUUAUUACUACUACACGACUCUUAGACCUAGUUAUUAUUAUACAAUGGCAUUGACACGUCUGGUUGGCGCGGCGACGAGGCUACAGGAAAGCCACGCCCCUGUGGAAUCAUCGUCCCCACCGAUACGGCGUCGUGCUUUACCGGCGGCGCGCAAGAUCGCCGGAUGACGACGAUUGGGCUUGAAGAAAAAAAAAUCGACAAAUUUAAUCUGAAGAGACACGUAGAGUUCCAAACCCCGUCGGCUGCCUUGCAUCUCCCCUUGUCCGUCUACUGUGCUCGGUAACGCUGGUGGGUCGUUGUCCUCAAGUGACCUCGACUCGAGCGGAACCCAGACUUCCAAGCAACAUCGGAGAGGGCCUGAACGGCUGCCGUAGGCGACGACUUCGCGAUGUGGAGACUAUAAGCAGAAUCGGAUUUAUCCCCCGUGUCCAGCUCGGGGCACGGGGGUCAGAACGUUACAACAUGAAACGAUG